AUGAACAGUGGCGGCGGCCUCCCGCCCCCCUCGGCCGCCGCCUCCUCUUCCUCCUCCUCCGCACUGGCGGCGGCGGUGGCGGUGGUGGCCCCGCCGGGGGUCGGGGGCGUCCCCGGCGGGGCGGCGGCGGGAGUGAAGCUCAAGUACUGCCGCUACUACGCCAAGGACAAGACUUGCUUCUACGGGGAGGAGUGUCAGUUCCUGCACGAGGACCCCGCCGGGGCGGCCGCGGGCCUCGGCCUCCAUAGCAACAGCGUCCCCCUGGCGCUGGCGGGCGCGCCCGUGGCCAGCUUUCCGCCCGGAGCGGUGCCGGGCGGGGGGGCCGGGCCGCCCCCGGGGCCCAAGAAGCCGGACCUGGGGACCCCGGGGGCAGGAGCCGCAGCUGGCGGCGGCGGCGGCGGCGGACUCGACGGACCGCGGCUGGCAAUUCCUGGAAUAGAUGGAGGUGCUUUAACUGAUACCAGUCUCACAGAUUCCUAUUUCAGCACCAGCUUUAUAGGAGUCAAUGGAUUUGGAAGCCCUGUAGAAACAAAGUAUCCCUUACUACAGAGAAUGACUAAUAGUAGCAGCUCCCCAAGCCUUCUAAAUGACAGUGCCAAGCCAUAUGCAGGCCAUGAUCCUCUCACUUCACCUGCUGCAUCUUUGUUUAAUGACUUUGGUGCCCUCAACAUCUCUCAGAGAAGAAAGACACCAAAUCCUACUGCAAGCGAGUUUAUUCCUAAAGGAGGAUCAACCUCCAGGCUGAGUAAUGUGUCCCAGUCAAAUAUGUCUGCCUUCUCUCAAGUUUUCUCUCACCCAUCCAUGGGAAGUCCUGCUGCUGCUGGAUUAGCACCAGGAAUGUCAUUGUCUGCUGGGUCUUCCCCUCUUCAUUCCCCCAAGAUCACUCCACAUACUUCUCCUGCUCCCAGAAGAAGAAGUCACACUCCAAAUCCAGCAAAUUACAUGGUGCCUUCCACUGCCUCCACACCUGUUAAUAAUCCUGUUUCUCAGACACCGUCCUCUGGGCAGCUGAUUCAAAAGGAAACUGUCGGCGGGACGACGUACUUCUAUACAGACACAGCUCCAGCCCCUUUGCCUGGAAUGGUAUUUCCAAAUUAUCAUAUUUAUCCUCCAACUGCACCUCAUGUUGCUUAUAUGCAACCAAAAGCAAAUGCACCUUCCUUCUUCAUGGCUGAUGAGCUCCGACAGGAGCUCAUUAACAGACAUUUAAUAACAAUGGCACAAGUUGAUCAAGCAGAUAUGCCAGCAUUCCCUGCAGAAGUUGACAGCUAUCAUAGCCUAUUCCCUCUAGAACCACUGCCACCACCCAACCGAAUACAAAAAUCAAGUAAUUUUGGCUACAUUACAUCUUGCUAUAAAGCCAUGAAUAGCAAAGAUGAUCUGCCAUAUUGCCUUCGGAGGAUACAUGGUUUUCGUCUUGUUAACACAAAGUGCAUGGUGUUGGUUGAUAUGUGGAAAAAAAUUCAGCACUCGAAUAUUGUAACUUUGCGUGAGGUAUUUACCACUAAAGCAUUUGCAGAGCCUUCUCUUGUGUUUGCAUAUGAUUUCCAUGCUGGAGGAGAAACUAUGAUGAGCAGACACUUCAAUGACCCCAAUGCUGAUGCCUAUUUCACAAAGAGAAAAUGGGGUCAACAUGAUGGACCAUUGCCCAGACAGCAUGCAGGAUUAUUGCCAGAAUCUCUUAUUUGGGCAUAUAUUGUCCAAUUGAGUUCUGCACUACGUACCGUUCACACAGCAGGCUUGGCAUGUCGAGUUAUGGACCCAACAAAGAUUCUGAUAACUGGCAAAACAAGGUUGCGAGUAAAUUGUGUUGGUGUAUUUGAUGUCUUAACAUUUGAUAACAGCCAGAAUAAUAAUCCAUUGGCAUUAAUGGCUCAAUACCAGCAAGCAGAUCUGAUAUCAUUAGGAAAAGUUGUGUUGGCUUUGGCUUGCAACUCUUUGGCAGGAAUUCAGCGAGAGAAUUUACAGAAAGCCAUGGAACUGGUGACAAUCAACUACUCUUCUGACCUGAAGAAUCUGAUUUUGUAUCUGUUGACUGAUCAAAACAGGAUGCGAAGUGUUAAUGACAUCAUGCCCAUGAUCGGUGCUCGAUUUUAUACUCAAUUGGAUGCUGCUCAAAUGAGGAAUGAUGUUAUAGAGGAGGACCUUGCAAAGGAGGUUCAAAAUGGAAGACUGUUUAGGCUUCUAGCAAAAUUGGGAACAAUCAAUGAGAGGCCGGAGUUUCAGAAGGAUCCUACCUGGUCAGAGACCGGAGACCGUUACCUGUUGAAACUCUUUAGGGAUCAUCUUUUCCAUCAGGUGACAGAAGCAGGUGCUCCUUGGAUUGACCUCAGUCAUAUCAUUUCUUGUCUUAACAAGUUAGAUGCUGGUGUGCCAGAAAAAAUAAGCCUCAUUUCCAGAGAUGAGAAGAGUGUACUGGUGGUGACUUACAGUGACUUAAAGCGCUGCUUUGAAAACACUUUUCAAGAACUGAUCGCAGCUGCCAAUGGCCAGUUGUAG